AUGGGCGACAGUGGAACGAGGCAAGUCGACGAGGAGUUUGAAUACCCUGAGGCGAAGCCUGCUAUCCCUCUUCGAAUUUUGGACCAGUACCAUUCGAAACCGUCGAAAGUGAGGAUCGCUUGUGCCGGCGCAGGUGCAUCGGGACUAUGCCUGGCCUACAAACUACAGAGGAUGCUGGUUCCAGGGUCCUGGGAGUUGAAGAUAUUCGAGAAAAACAGCGAGGUCGGUGGAACUUGGCUUGAAAAUACUUAUCCCGGAGUUGCGUGCGACAUCCCUGCGCAUAUCUAUACCUUUACUUUCGAUCCCAAGCCGGACUGGUCUCAAUACUAUGCAUCUGGUGAGGAGAUCGAGAAGUACUUCAAGGGGUUUGCGGAGAAGCACAGCUGCUACAAAUACAUUACUUUCGAGACUAAAGUAGUCCAAGCCGAGUGGGACGACUCGGAAGGAAUCUGGAAACUGACCCUCGAGAACCAGAAGACAAAAGAACAAUGGCAGGACUGGGCGCACUGUUUUGUCAAUGCCACAGGUAUCUUGAACAACUGGAAAUGGCCUGACAUCCCUGGUCUUCAUGAGUUCCGAGGCUCGUUAAUGCACUCAGCGGCUUGGGACCACAAUGUCGACUUCACUGACAAAGUCGUGGGUAUCAUCGGGACCGGAUCUAGCAGCAUUCAAAUUGUUCCAGAACUGCAGAAAGUCUGCAAACAAGUACAAGUUUACAUGCGAAGUCCGACAUGGAUCAGCGGUCCAUUCGGAGCAGGGCCGAUGAGCAACGACCUGACGAAAGAACAGAAGGACCAGUAUAACUUCACCGAGGACGACAAGAAGAGAUUUUCAGAGGACCCUGAGUAUCAUUUGGAUUUUCGAAAGAGGACCGAGGCAGAAUUCAAUACGUUGUUUGGUGCAUACCAGCAGGGAUCUGAGCUAAACAACUAUUUCCGCACGGUCCUCGCCGACCUAAUGACGCAGAAGAUUGGACCAGACCAUCCGGAACUGAAAGACUUUAUUAUUCCAAAGUUCUCUCCCGGAUGCCGCCGACUUACACCAGGAAGCGGGUUCUUGGAGGCCUUGAUACAGCCCAAUGUCGAGCCCAUUGUCGGGUGUAUCGAAAAGGUCACUGGCGACGGAAUGACGGUGAAGGAUUCCAAGGGUGUCAGCACUCAUCGCAAGGUGGACGUGCUUGUUUGCGCCACUGGAUUUCAACCUGCAUUCAAACCUGUAAUCAAGGUUAUCAACGGUUUAGGAAAGUCGAUCGACGAAGACUGGGCCACAGGACCUAACUUAUAUUUCGGAGUUUCAGCCCCUAGAUUUCCAAAUUACUACACGAUUGUAGGACCGGGAGCGACAUGGUCCAAUGGCACUUUGCUGCCUAGUAUCGAAACGACCGUAGAGCAUGCCGUCAAGCUCAUGAGGAAAAUGCAGCAUGAAGGCAUUAAGAGCAUCGAGGUGAAGCAAGAGGCUGUCGACGAGAUUUAUAGUUAUUUAGACGAAUACCACAAGACCACUGUAUGGCAAGAGGAAUGCCGCAGCUGGUUCAAAGAUGGUCGCAUCAAGAACCGCAUCUAUCUGUGGCCUGGUUCGACAAUUCACUUCUUGAAGACGAUCAAAGACCCACGAAUGGAGGACUAUAACAUGAACUACCGAUUUAAGAAUCGGUUUAUGUACUUGGGGAAUGGAAAUGUCAAGGCAGUCUUGACCCGUGACGUAGCAGGUCUAUCACCUUACAUUCGGGCGAGUGACCAUGAAUGGUCUGUAGAAUAG